CUCCGUUGAUUUGUAAUAUUUGGGCCCUAAACUACAUCAUUUUUGGGGGCCAAUUAACACUGUAUUCCACUUUCCCAUUUCAUUUUGCAAUAGCCCUAACUCCUUCAGCGGCUCUCUUUCCUUCUAUCACAGGUCUCGCCCUUCCAGAUUACAAUCUAUAUACACACACAAACACACACACAUAUAUAUACACACACACAUGUAUAUCUAGAACUCAAUCUAGAUUCGAGGGUUUUAGUCUUGCCCUUCCAUCACCGGUGGUUUAGAGAGACAAAGUCAUUGCUACUGCAUCAAAUGGGGUUUUCGGAAGAUUCUGCAGAGCUCUGAUGGCGGCGGCCGCCGGCAUUGCAAAGGACACUCGGGAAACCAGGGUCUUGAAGGUUGGACCCAUCUCCCCGGAGCUGAAAAAAUUUAUGGGAGUCCCCUCAACGUGUCGCACCGAUGCCGUGAGAAAGGUGUGGGCACACAUAGUGCAACACAAGCUUCAGGAGGAAAUUCACGAGUUGCUUCUGAGUUUUGCUGAAGCUAGAACCACAGUUGUGAGACUUAAAGGAGGUGAUCCACUGGUGUUUGGGAGAGGUGGGGAGGAGAUGGAUUUCUUGCAACAACAAGGGAUUGAAGUGCAAGUCAUUCCAAUUGAGGAAAAAGAAGGCAUUCAGCUUUCUCGUGCAAAUUUAUUCAUACGCACACAUACAAAUAAGGAUGGCAAUGCUUCUGAUGUUGCUGCUUCAGAGAUGAUUCUACUUUUUUGGAUUUUGUACCGUGGAUUUUGCAGCUACUUCCUUGGAUUUUGUACAGUGAAGUGGUUUUUUGACAAAUGCAGAUUGAAACUCAAGUGCUAGAAGGUUUUAUCAAUUUUUCAAUAGAAGUGUUAAGAAAUUGAUGAAUUUCUUGACAAAUGGAUGUACUUCCUGUUUUGGAACAUUGAUAAAUGAUGAAUUGUAAAAAUGUUUUAACUCUUUUGAUAUAUUUAAUGGGAUAUGUAUGUUUUUUGAAUUAAA